CCAAACCGCAUUUCUCUGUUAUCUGCUCCAAUUUUGUCGGCAGCAUGGACAAGAACUUCGUGGAAGGCAUCUGGGCUAUCUGAUGCUUCCACUGAUGAUGUUGCUGCUACUCUCACUCCUACUAGUACUCCUACUCCUCGCAACGUCGCCGAGGCCGCCGCCAGCGCCCUUUGGUAAAUCGAGGCUCUGUAUUUCCCUCCGGAUCCUUCAUCUCCGAAUAAGAAGAAGUGGCAGCGGGAGAAGCUCGAGAAAUACAGAAGAAGAAGAUGAUGAUGAUGAUCAUGGUAGUGAUGAAGAAAGAACAAGGAGUAAUCUAGGUGGUGGUGCUGCUUCUCUUUCGUCAACCACGACCCCCACCGUCCCGCUCAUUUUUGUGUGCAGGUUGGUGGUUGUUGUUCAAAAGGCUAUUAUCAGAUGGGUAGCUGGUUUUCGGAGACUGGGGUUGUGGGCUGUGCCCAUCGUCUCUUUCACUCUUCUCCGGCUCCUCAAUCCAGGUACAAAGCGAAGAAGGAGAAGGAGACCGAGCAUAAGAAACGCGAGCAAGCUCGGCCAAUUUCUUCCCCGACUACGUACGGACGGACGUACCUAUCAUUUAAAACUUCAGUCUCAGUCCUGGCCGUCUCCGAUGGAUAGCCGGACGCACGGACGCAUCGCCGCAUAAGCGAACAGGCAAACAACCGGAGAGGAAAAGAGAGAGAGAGACAGAGAGACAGAGAUAGGACCAACAUACUAUCCCAACCACCAUCAAGCAGGACUUUCAACCUGUAGCAGGGGAAUUGGGAGUACUUGUGGUGGUUGUUGGCGCCUCCUGGGCCGUCGCUCUGGGUUUGGUUGGGAACCUACCUAGAGCAGAGGGGAUGUGAUGCAAAGGUAUGCCCAAGAAAAAGUCGGUCGCCCUCAGUGUCGCCGUCUCUGGCUAAGGUGGUUGACUGGUUCUGCCACCGUCGCUUUGGAUUACACCUUUGGGCCGUAUCAUUAACUCUCCCAAGACAAGCAGCACAGCAAGCUUGAGGGAUUCGACUUGCUGGAGAUACAGAGAGAAAUAUGGAGGCAGUGAUCUUGGGGGAGACUUCUCACAUCCCCAAAUAUUAAAUGAAAUCUCCAUAUUUCCAAGAGACUUCAACGACCGGAAGUUGGUGCAGUGAAGUUCAACCCAACUCUAGAAAAUAUGGAUUGCCUUGUGUCUAAAAAGUGAUACUGGAAGCUCGAAUCUCAAGACAUGAAUCUGCUUCUUGGAAGCAUGAUUCGACAGUACCUGCUCAUAAUGGCGGUCACUUCGCCCAUAUUGGGCGAAUUCCUCCGGACCUUUGAGGUAAAGGAGGGGGUUCCCAUCGGAACCAUCAUCGGGGUCAUUGGCGAGACCAAACCAGGUCUGCCUCCACCACCUCAACCGCCCUAUCUCAUAGUGCCAUUGCCGGGUUCAGACCCGGACCGUGAUCUCAUUAUCAAUCAACAAUCGGGCGAAAUUCGGACAAAGCAGGUGCUUGAUCGAGAAAAAACGCCCAUGUAUACCAUCAGUGCCAUCCCAAUCAACGGAGAGAGUGUUCAAGUGGUUAUCACCGUUCAAGAUGUGAACGACAACACACCCAAGUUCCCGUCAGAUGAAGUUUUUAUCGACAUUCCAGAAAAUACACCCAAGGGAACUCGACGAAAGCUUUCCUUGGCUGAAGACGAAGACUUGGGUGUCUUUGGAACACAAAGGUAUGACAUCGUGUCUGGCAACGAAGAGGGCGUGUUUCUUCUGGCUGUAGACCAAUCGUUGGAACUCAUCGUGAACGGUGAACUAGAUAGAGAACGGGUGGACAAGUACCAUUUGAAGGUGAGUGCAGUUGACGGCGGGAGCCCGCCAAGAACGGGCACUCUGACAGUGAAUAUCAAGAUCCAAGACCUAAAUGACAACCCGCCGCUGUUUGGCAAACAACGAUAUUUCACCACCAUUCCGGAUAAUCUGCCCUCUGGAAGCUCUAUCCUCACUGUUGAGGCCCGGGACUCGGAUACAGGUGCCAAUGCUGAAAUAUCCUACUCCAUCAAUCGCCGCCAAUCGGACCAAAGUGAAAUUUUUACCAUCGACGACAAAUCUGGAGUCAUCUCUCUGGAGGGAAAUCUGGACUUUGAACGAAAACAGGUUCAUGAGAUUGUUGUGGUGGCUAAGGAUAACGGAGAGGUGGUUCAAGAGACCUCAGCCUUCAUCACGGUUCGUCUCACGCACGGCAGUAGUAAUCUUGAGCCCAUUUUAAGAGAGCCGACCCCAGCCUCUCACAAUGAAGACAAGUUGAAUUUGGUGUUCCACGACGAAGUUGAGGGUGUCCCGGAAAACUUGCAGUUGGGCCAUUCAGUGGCUCAAGUUCUCCUGUCAGAUCCAAGUCUGGACAUGAAUGCCUUCAACUUUGAUUUAACCCUGGGAGGUGACUUAUUCCUGCUCACAAAGAACUUCAGUGGCCUCUUUUUGACUCCCAAGAAGCAUGUCAACCUUGGUGAUAGGCAAACCGUGUUGGUUUCCUUUGACGUGACCAACCCUUCAGAUCCAGGGAGGUCUUUCCAAGAAGGAAUCAACAUUCCUGUUAUCGACACCAAUGACCACGCCCCUGAGUUUGACCAAACUUUGUAUGAGAUCAGUAUUGACGAGUCGCUCAAUCCAGGAAGCUCUAUCUUCCAAGUUCAAGCCAUUGACCUGGAUAACGGAAAUAAUGGGCGAAUUAGUUACUCUUUUGAUUAUGGACCGAAUUCAUCCUCAUUCACUUCUUGGUUUGCCAUUGACGCAAGUUCGGGGGUGAUUUCCACGCAAACAUUUUUGGACUGUGAGACGGAGAGUCAACCUCGAAUAGUGAUAAUGGCCUCGGAUCAUGGCAGUCCCAAGUUAAGCGCCACAACCACCUUGUCUGUCUCUGUGAGCGAUGUUAAUGACAACCAGCCACUAUUCGAAAGCUCAUUUUACGAGGCUGCCUUACCAGAGGACAAACGAAUCGGAGAGUGUUUCUUGAAGGUCUUGGCCACUGACUUGGAUUGUGGAUCGAAUUCCGAGAUCGAGUACUCUAUUAAGGAAGCCAAUAUCAACACAUUUCGAAUCGACAAAACGAGCGGUCAAAUAUGCUUGGCUCAACAAUUGGAUCACGAGACUCAAGAUAUGUUUGGAUUCACCGUCAUCGCGUCGGAUAAAGGUGGUUUGAGCACCAGCACCAUGGUGAAAGUGGAAGUCAUCGACACCAACGACAAUAUUCCCGAGUUCAAGCCUAAUUUCUAUCAAGCCAAAAUUCGAAGCCGGUUUCAACCGGGCAUCGGGAUCGUAACCGUGGCAGCUGGCGACACGGAUUCUGGCCAAGCUGGCCGAAUAACCUUUUCAAUUCUGAGUGGGAAUGACAACAACCAGUUCCAAAUUGACCCCAAAUCUGGUUUGGUUAGUCUCAAGGAACCUUUGCCGGCUGACUUUCCUCCUAGUUUUCACCUCGCCAUUCGAGCUAGUGAUGGAGAUGGCCAACAAGAUGUCUCGUCAGCUCAUGUCGAGAUUAUGGUGGACGAUGAUGACCUCUCUUUUGAUAUGCCACAAUAUAAGUUCGACAUCUUGGAGGACGUGUCCCCGUAUUCCGUGAUUGGGCAAAUUAAUGCCAGAACUGACGCUUCGGCCUCUGCCAAGUUCUCUUUGUUGGACUCCAAUGUUGAGGAUUACGUCUCGGUCGAUCCAAGAACUGGAACUAUCCGAUCGGAAUCUCGUUUGGACCAUGAGAGUAACCCAGUGCUUGUGAUUAAUGUUCAGUUUGAAGACAUCGAAACAGACACAAGGAGCUUUUGCCAAGUGAUCAUCAAUGUCUUGGACCAAAAUGACAACGCCCCAGAAUUCGGGAGUCUGCUUGUGGCUGGUAUGGCUUCAGUGUCGGAAGAUUUUCCAGUGGGAUCCGUGAUCUAUGUUGGGAAAGCCCUGGAUUUUGAUUCAGGUCCAAAUGGUGAAGUGAGCUAUUCUCUAGUGCAGAAUCCCGACGACAUGUUCACGAUUGAAAAAGAAACCGGACAACUGAUCCUGCAGAAACCAUUGGAUUAUGAAACGAAAACAGAAUAUCUAGUUGUUAUUGAGGCGGAAGAUCAUGGAGAGCCUCCCCUCAAAAGUACGCUCAAACUCCAUCUCCACGUUCACGAUACCAAUGAUAACACUCCUGAGUUUGAGCAAUCCUUAUACGAAAUCGAUCUGUCGGAAACUCACGCUAUGAAUACACCUAUUCUGACGGUAAAAGCCAAGGACAAAGAUGGUGGUAGAAAUGGCAAGAUUUCUUAUGAGGUCUCAGCCAACGACUACGUGGGAAUUCUUCAACAUAGUGGAGUAUUGAUUUUGAAACGUCAUUUAGAUCGAGAGAUCAAGAAACUAUUAGCGAUCGAAGUGACAGCUCGAGAUAACGGAACUCCUCCAUUGAAGUCACAAACAAAGGUCCGAUUUUCCGUCUCAGACCGAAACGACAACAGCCCCGAAUUCAAGGAGGGACAGUAUGAGUUCAAAACCGUAGAAAACCUUCCGGCAGGAACGUUAGUGGGACAAGUUGAGGCUCAAGACAGAGACGAAGGGAACAAUGGCGUGGUGGAAUUCGGUUUCAAGACACCUGUAUCCAAUUUCGUCAUCGACCGAGAAAAUGGCCAGAUCUCUUCAAGUAGGAGUUUAGAUAGGGAGGACAUUGCCAAUUACGAGCUCACCGUUGAAGCUCUAGAUCGUGGAAGCCCGAGGCGAAGCUCUCAAACUUUGGUCAAGAUUGAAGUGGAAGAUGUCAACGAUAACGCUCCGAAAUUGGUGGAACCUUCAACAAAGAUGAUAUCCGUAAAACGAGGAAGCAGAGCAGGGACCGUCAUUGGAAGAUUGGACGCCAUCGACGUCGAUGAACCCGAUAUGGGUGUGAAUUUUGAAAUUUCAGAUCCAAACUCUUUUGUCAGCGUUGGGUCUCAAUCGGGAGAGCUACGGCUUGCCCGUCCCAUACCAAUCUCCACACCAGUGUCUCAAACAUAUUACACUGACAUCUCUAUCAGCGAUCAUGGUCAACCAAGAAAACGGAUCACCGAAACUUUGACCAUCAUGGUGGUGAGUGAAACCGAGGACCUCCAAGUUGUUAAUCAGGUUUCCAAAAACUUCGACGUGGACCUAACCGCUAUUGUCGGACAAAAGGUUGGAACCAUUUCAUCUGGAUCAGCAUCGCGAAGACUUUAUCUAGAAAUUCUUGACAAAACCAAUGAACUACCGUUCUUACUGGACGCUUCAACUGGAUCUCUUUAUGUGGUGAAACCCUUGGAAUCUCUCCAAAAAUGGAAUUUUGAGGUGCUUAUAUCAAGUCUUAUUGGAGACAUUACUCCCAUUCAAGUGUCUGUGUCUGUGAAAGUGAUUGAUUCUCAUCGACAACGUCCAAAGUUUAUUCAAGAUCCCACCACAGUCGCCAUUCGAGAAGAUGCAGAAAUUGGCUCCAAAAUGCUGGGCCUCCGUGAUCUAAUUGAAGAUGGAGCCUCUCAAAACAUCGAAUUUGAAAUCAUUGAGCAGAGCAAAAGUCAACAUUUCCGAUUGGAGGGCGACAGUUUGGUCUUGGCCCAAGAAUUGAACUACGAGAAGAAUCAAAAGCACCUCCUACUUAUUCGAGGCUUCGACAACCGCCUUCGCUACUCUUCUGAUGUCACUGUUCUGGUCACAGUAACUGACGUUAACGAUAACGUACCAAUGUUUCUGAGCAGUUCCACGAUUCAUAUUCCAGCUGACUCCUCGACCAACCAAAUCAUAAUGAAUUUGUUGGUUGUGGAUGAAGAUUCCGACUCUAACGGUGAGGUUCAAAUGGCAAUCACAUCUGGGAAUGAAGAGGGCUUAUUCUCUCUAAGCGAGUUUGGAGAACUGAAAUUGAUGCAUCAACCUCAGCCUGGAUCGUAUAGACUGACUUUUAGUGCCACCGAUUUGGGAGAUCCUCCCUUGAGUUCAAAGCACAAUCUAGACGUAGUGGUCGGAGAGAGUCAAGAUAGAUCUGCUCGAUUUCAACAGUCCGUUUACUACGCCAAUGUCACAGAAAAUGAACCGUCCGGUUUAACCGUUCUAACUGUAGGCUUAAAUUCUCGAGGACGGGAUCUUCAGUUUUUGGAGUACAACCUUUUGAAGGGUAAAGAUAGUUUUGCCAUCGACUCGACCACUGGUACGAUUGAAACCAUUGCAUCCCUGGAUCGAGAAGCUCAAGACAUUCACGCCUUAAUUGUGAGCGUCAGUGAUCAAGGACACACUGGGAUUACAGACACGGCCCUUGUGUAUAUCAGUAUUAACGACCUGAACGAUAACGCCCCGAAGUUUGGACCCUCUUGUCGGGAUGUGGUAAUCCCAGAAAACGCAAAUCAUUCCUUUAUUCAUGCAUUCAUUGCCAACGACGCCGAUUCUGGAGAUAACGGAAAGAUUAGUUAUGGACUUGAUGGCGAAUUCCUGGAUUCCAAUGGAAAAGAACAAUUCCGCAUUGAACGAGAUACUGGAAAGUUGUAUGCUGUCCCGCUGGAUCGCGAAGAAAAGUCUGAAUACAAGUUGGACGUGAUAGCUGUUGAUAAUGGAGCCGAGAAGAAAAGCAGCAAAUGUUCCAUUUUGGUCAAGAUCUCGGACGUUAACGACAACGCGCCAAGUUUUACCCAAUCUAUCUACUCUGCGUCUGUUAAGGAAGAAAUUGAAAUCGGAACAGAAGUCCUACGGGUACUUGCCACUGAUUUGGAUGAUGGCAUUAACUCUGAAAUAUUCUACUCCAUUGAAAAUUCCACCGAAUCCUCCUUUGCUAUCAAUGAGAAGACCGGAGCCAUAGUGAACAGCAAAUCUUUGAAUAGGGAGCUCCAGACUGAGCAUCGUUUCCAGAUCCUGGCAACAGAUGGGGCAAAAGGAAGCAUCAUGUCCAGCCUCACCCAAAUUCGAAUCAUUGUUACCGAUGCAAACGAUCAUGAGCCAAUGUUCGUCGAGUUUCCGUUUUACGUGAACAUGACCGCCACGCCGACGAGUGGGAUUCCUCUUCUUCGUUUAGUUGCCUUUGAUCCGGACACUGGUCCGAACGGACAACUCACCUACGACAUUGUCCGACCAGAUCAACGGCAAUUGUUCGAGCUGAGUCCCGAAGCUGGAAUUCUAACCGUGGCUGCUCCAGAUAUUGCUUGGGAACCGGGAACGGUUGAAAUGCUGGAAAUUGCCGUAAGUGACGCAGGAAGUCCACCAAAGAGUUCAACAGGACUAGUAGAAAUCAAGAUAGAAGGAGGUCCAGCCAUUAUGCUUCAGUUUCAAGAACAAGUGUACAAAGUGACGCUGACGGAGAACACCCCGGUCGGCACGGAUGUAACUCAAGUGAAGGCUCUCCGAUCCGACGGAAGACGACAACGCGUGGUAUACAACUUUCUAAGGGGCAAUGAAGGCCGAGCUUUCGAGAUCAACUCCAACAAUGGUCUUAUUCGUGUGCGAGAUUCUCGCUUGAUUGACUAUGAAAAGAACCCCAGCUUUAACUUGACCAUUUCUGCUCAAAGUUUGACGGAUGAGUCCCUAACCGCCUACACGUCUUGUCUCGUGGAAAUUACUGACGUCAAUGAUAAUGUUCCAAGAUUUGGAAGAGAGGUGUACAUGGUCAAAAUCCUGGAAAGUCAACCCCGUCAUACACCCUUACUCACAGCAAAAGCCUUUGAUAGCGACCCGAAUCAAACUGAUCAACUGAAGUAUGAAAUCAUUGAUGGUAAUGUUGACGGAGCGUUCCUUAUGGACACGACCAACCCUGGGGUGAUUUUAACUAACAUUGUCUUGGACCGAGAAAUUGCAGACCAUUACGAAUUGACCAUAUCGGCCACAGAUACAGGCUCGCCUGCACUAGUUGGCUUGGCUCAAGUUUUAGUGGAGGUCGUCGAUGUCAAUGACAAUCAACCUCAUUUUGCUCCUCUUCGACCCAUUAGUAUCAAACGAGAUGUCCCCACUGGUACCGUGGUUGCUACAAUUCGAGCCAACGAUAUUGACAUCGCUCCCCCAGUAACGUAUCGGCUCAAAGUCCCUAGUGAUUACUUCUCCAUCGACACAUAUACCGGGCAACUGAUUCUUAUGUCUUUCCCAUCCAAAAUUGAAGGACAAACUCUAACGCUGGAAUUGCUGGCCUCAGAUGGUCUAUUUGAAGCCCAAUCUUCGGUGGACGUGACUUUCGAAAAAGGCAAUCGCAAAUGCCAACCUAAGUUCAGUCAACCCCUGUACAACUUCUACUACUCAAUUAAUGAGAGUUUCCCCACCAUGAUUGGUGAUGUGGCUUUAGACGCAUGCGAUGCGACUUCGGAGUUUGAAUUAUCCCGUGAGAGUCGAAUCUUGUAUUCUCUCUUCCCCAACGGAAGCAUUUCUCUGGCCAAGUUACCUUAUGAAGACAUCAACAGCUUUAUCAUCACUGCGGUUGAUCGCAAGUCGAGAAAAGGAGACAGUGCCGUAGUGACCGUUGCCAAGAACGACGGCAAUGUCAAACUGGUUGAGUUUGCCAGCAGGGAAACGGAAAUCAUUGUCAUCCCUCAAGACUAUCAUUCGAACGCAUUGACCAAGAUCGAAACAAAUCAAGACGGCAACCAGGGAUUAUUUUUCUCCAUAUCAGACAAUGCGUUUUUGGAUAUUGACUCUGCGACCGGUGCCAUUUAUCAGAAACCACCAUCUCCCUCAAGAUCAAAUCCCAACAAUAUGGCAGACGACGUGAUUGUAAGGGUUAAAAAAUUAGGCGAACGACAGGUGAAGCAGAAAAGAAUUCAGGUCCAAUUGCCACAAACAGAACAAGUGGUAUUUGCUUCGACUGAGAAAUCCUUCAGUGUUCCAGAAGAUGCCCAGAUUGGUUUUCAAAUGGACAUUUGUCCCAUCAAGUCCAAGUCAAAAUUCACUCCGUUCGUCAAGAUAUUGUCAGGCGAUUCUGACAAUGUAUUCAAGUUCAACGAGAAAACUCUUCAAGUCGUCCUGAGCAAGCAAUUAGAUUUUGAAACGGAACGAAGUUACGAACUUGUCCUACGGAUGGGUUCCCUGGCAUCAUUCAGCUUAUGCAAAAUCCAGAUCAACGUGAUGGACGUGAAUGAUUUUACUCCCAAGUUCUUGACUCCCAAAUAUGUGACCAAAGUAAGAGAAAACCUGGAUGCAGGAACAAAACUGCCUCCACCACAUGUGUUUGACUUCGAUCAAGAUGACGGAUUACGAUUUUGGGGUGGAACCACGGAAUUUGAGGUGAACCGAAACACCGGCGAAAUCAUAACCAAGACAUCGUUUGAUUACGAAUCGGAGAAUCAGUUCAAUUUCGACUAUUUCGUCAAUGACACCGCAGGCCAUCAAGCCCAAUGCCAAGUGACCGUCCUCAUCGAAGGUCAAGACGAAUUUGAGCCAACGUUUGAGAAAGAUAAUUACUUCUUCGCCCUACCAGGCGUUUCCAAUGUGGGAGACGUGGUCGGUCAAGUGCGAGCUCGAGACCGAGAUGGUGGCCCUGACGGAGUGAUCACUUUCGAGUUUGUGUCCUCAAACGAGUAUUUCACUAUCGACUCACUGCGGGGCGUGAUCACAAUCGCAAAAGCAUUGGACACGGGCGUAUUCCAUUACAACAAUGUCGUUCGCCGAAAACGAUCUCUUAAGGAUCUUGAACUUGGUGUCAAAGCCAAAUCCAAAAAGUCCGAUUCCCUCGAGGGCUUUUCUACUGUUGUAGUGUCGAUGGACGAAGAACUGCUCCCCUUGGCUGCCCAUAACAGCGGAGGUCUGGGAGCAGCUGUACAGGGAGUGAUCGUGGCGGUAAUUAUCUUGCUCGUGAUCAUCAUAGCAGCGAUACUUUUCAUUUGUCAUAAACGAAAUAUGGCGGAGAAACGGAAAAGCAAUCAUUUGGCCAAUUUGGCAGGUCAUGCCAACCCAAACAUGACCCUGGAAAUGUCAACCAGCUCUGACGCUCUGUCCAGAUUUCCACCUCAGUAUAGUGAAAUCGUGUCCGACUAUGAGAGAGCCAAGAACAAGACCUAUUCAUCUGGCAACCCCAGGUCCGAGCUCUCUGAAAAAUCCCAUCGCUCGGCGUCAAGUGGUCGAGGAUCCGUUGAGGAUGGGGAUGACGAAGUCGACGUGGAGAUCCGAAUGAUUAAUGCGGGCAGCUACCUCGCAACGGACUCCGCUUUUGCGCACGACGACGAUAAGCUGAGCGAAGGUUCAGUACAAAACACCGAAGACUACCUGGCCCGAUUGGGCAUUGACAUGAGGAAACCGCCCAACAUGAAUGUUCCAAGUUUAGCCAGUGUCUCUGGUGACAUGUUGCACAACUUUGACAACACAUAUGCGGGCGGAAGCUCCAUUUACAACCGAAUUCCAGAGGACGCUCUCAGCGAAAAGAACUCAGUCUUGAGUGCCAAGCACAGUAGCAUGAUUUACGGCUCCAACCUACGCGGGCAGCCUUCGCUGACAGGAUCCUUAAGCUCCAUCGUUCAUAGCGAAGAGGAGCUCGCCGGUUCCUACAAUUGGGAUUACCUGUUGGAUUGGGGUCCUCAAUACCAGUCAUUGUCCCAUGUCUUCAAAGAAAUCUCAAAGCUCAAGGAUGAGGAGCCAACUACAAAUUCAGUGGCCCAUCCCAAUCCCUCUGGAUUGUCAGUGAGUGCCACGGGCGUUCUCUCUGCCAGUGGCGCCAAAAUGGGAACCCACGGGAGUUCCCAUCUCUCGGGGAUGGGUGGGAGUAGUGGGACGGAUUUCCCGUUCGGGAAGAACCCGCGGACUAGUCAUUUGCUCAAUCGGUCCAGUCGGUCCCCAAUUUCACACGACAUGUUGUCCCACAAGGCACUCUCGCCGAAUUUCCAUCCAGCCUUAUCUCCGCUUGCCACCAAAUCGCCCUCAAUUUCACCGAUGUCUGUUCCUGUCCAAAGAUCAGGAGCGCUCCAUUUAAAGAAACACAUGUGAUGAAAACCACGAUACCAGCUUGAAAAAAAUGUUAUUACCCUAUGCGUAGAAAUACAAUCUUAUUCUCUUUUGCCAUAA